AUCAACGUAGCUAACCCGGCAACGGGUUGCCAGAAGUUAUUUGAAAUUGAAGAAGAGAAGAAACUGCGACCAUUUUUUGAAAAAAGAAUAUCCACUGAUGUUCCUGGAGACUCGUUGGGUGAUGAAUGGAAGGGAUAUGUUUUCCGAAUCACCGGUGGUAAUGAUAAACAAGGAUUCCCUAUGAAGCAAGGUGUUUUAACAACUGGACGAGUAAGACUUUUACUCAAGAAGGGAAUGUCUUGCUUUAGAGAACGACGUGCUGGUGAACGUAAACGUAAAUCUGUUCAUGGUUGCAUCGUUGACAACAGUUUAAGUGUUUUGUCUCUUAUUGUUAUCAAGAAGGGUGAUAAUGAGAUUCCUGGUUUGACUGAUACAACUAUCCCAAGAAGGUUGGGUCCGAAAAGAGCUAGUAAAAUCCGAAAGUUAUUUAAUCUAAGUAAGGAAGAUGAUGUAAGACAAUAUGUUGUCCGAAGACCUAUGCCCAAGAAACCAGGAAAGAAGCCUAGGACAAAGGCCCCUAAGAUACAGAGAUUGAUUACUCCAGAUACGAUUUCUAGAAGGAAGCAUAUGCUGUCUUUAAAAAAGCGACGUGCUGAGAAAUCAAGAGAAGCUGCAGCUGAUUAUGCUAAAUUAUUGGCUCAGAGAAUUAGACAAGCUAAAGAAAGACGACGA